AUGACGGACCCUGCAUCAGAUGGCUGGCCGGCGGGGAAGGUCUUUGAAGCGGCCACGCAAGGCUUCACCUAUGACGACUUGGUCCUGAUGCCUGGGCAUGCCAACUUCGAGGCCUCGGAAGUGGAGCUCACGAGCUAUGUGACCAAGAACAUCAGGUUGACGAUGCCAGUUGUCAGCGGCCCAUCUGACACCGUCACGGAGGCCAAGAUGGCCACAGAGUUGGCGCUGGCGGGCGGGCUUGGCAUCAUCCACGGCAAUCAGAGUAUCCAGAACCAGGUGGAGAUGGUUCAGGCUGUGAAGCGGUUUGUCAGCGGCUUCAUUCUGGAGCCCAAAGUCUUGAGCCCUACUCAUAAGCUGGCAGACCUGGACAAACUGAAAGCUGCAACUGGCAUAGCUUCAGUGCCUGUCACAGAAAAUGGACAGCUGGGAAGCAAAGUGGUUGGCAUCGUCACCUCUCGCGACUCUGACCUUUGCGAAGAUCGGGGGGAAUACCUCUCCCGCGUGAUGACCGAAAAGCUCGUCACCGCCAAAGAGCCGCUCGCUUUUGAGGAAGCGCUGAAGGUCUUGAAGCGCAAGAAGGUGGGUAAACUCUUGAUCCUGGACGAAGAGGAUCGAUUGGUGUCCAUGGUCACGCGCAGUGACCUGAAGAAGGUCAGAGAUUACCCAAGCAUGUCCCGGGACCUCUCCGGCAAGCUCCUGGUGGGUGCUGCUGUGCCUGCCAACGAGGGACAGCCUGACUGGCCAAGAGCAAGCGCACUGGCUGAGGCUGGCGCCAACCUACUUUACCUCUUUGGGGAUGGUGUGGAUUCGCAGCUGGAGCUGAUUCGCAAGUUGAAAAUGGAGUACCCAGCGGUCGACAUCCUGGCCGGCCCCGCGACAUCUGUCCGGGAGGCAAAGCGAUUGGUCCAAGCUGGAGCAGAUGGAAUUGUUGCUGGAACUGGCUGCGAUGCAGGGGGUGACCCUGUCAAAGCGCCGAUCGCAGUGGCAGUGGGACGAGGAGAAGCCACGAUGGUCUAUGAAGUUGCCUUUUACGUCACACGCAACUACAAGCUGCCGGUUUGCGCUGCUGGGGUUCGCAGUAGCUCGCAAGCGCUCUUGGCCUUGAGCCUCGGUGCGUCCUCAGUGAUGCUGAGGGAGCCACUGGCUGGCAGCGAGGAGGCGCCAGGCGGCGGACAGGCGACAGCACCUUUGCACCAUGCUCAUAGCCUUGUGAAUUCUGUGGCCACGCGCUACGGCGCCAGCCGCGCAUGGGAGAGGCAGGUCACCGUCCCUCGGGCUGUGGCUGCACCGGUCACCCACAAGAGUUGUGUCAAAGCUUAUCUUCUCUACUUCACCUCGGGCUUGAGAAAUGGAUUCCAAGAUCUUGGAUUCCGAAACCUGCCGGAACUCCAUCAUGGCCUUGAGAAGGAGCUGCUGCGAAUGGAAUGCAGGCUACCGUACAGCAUCCAGCUGAGAGAAGCUUGCUGCCAGGCGGCGCAACAGAGCCAGCACCCGGUGGUGGUGCCAUACUCCAUGUCAAUGCGCUGA